AUGCAGACCGUCAACAUGCGAGCUCUCGCAGCUCUCGUCCCAUUUCUUUUCUCUUCUGUGAAGGCGCUCCCUGCUGCCAGCACCACUGUUUCGGCGUCGAACCCCCCGUCAAGCUCUCCUACCCCUACCGGUAGCCCUGCAGACGGUAACCCUUUCGAAGGCGUUCAGCAAUAUGUGAACCCCUACUACAAGUCCGAGGUGGAAAGCCUGGCCAUCCCCUCCAUGACCGGGUCACUGGCUGAACAGGCAAGCGCCGUCGCCGAUAUUCCAUCGUUCCACUGGCUGGACACUGCUGACAAGGUUCCGACGAUGGGCGAAUUCCUGGAAGACAUCAAGUCCCAGAACGAUGACGGAGCAAGCCCCCCAGUCGCCGGUAUCUUCGUCGUGUAUGACCUGCCCGACCGCGAUUGUGCCGCGUUGGCUAGCAACGGCGAGUAUGCGAUCGAUGACGGUGGAGUCGAGAAGUACAAGGCGUACAUCGACUCCAUUCGUGAGCACGUUGAGAAAUACUCGGAUACCCAGAUCAUUCUGGUCAUCGGUGAGCAUACCUGUCAAGGAGGAAAGGCUGGACUUGUUACUCACUGUUUGUAG